UUGGGCCGGGUCCCUCCGCUGAGCUGCGCCACCCGGCGAGUGUACGGUUCAAGAGCGCUCGCCCGGCCCCUCGGGAUCGGCCAUGAUCCCGGCGCCGGCCGCAGGCGCCCGAGGGGCUCUUUCGUGCUUCGAAAAACGAAAUUCACCUUCGCCGCUCUCCUCUUUACCGCCAGCGGCUGCGGGGACCGCUACGACCGGAUUCUGGUGGGCGGCGAGGUGUACGACGGGCGCGGGAACCCGCCGCAGGUCGCGGAUAUCGGCAUCAACGCCGACCGCAUCGCCGCGAUCGGGGACCUGUCCGCGGCAAGCGCCGGACAGCGCACCGAGGUCUCCGGGUUCGCGGUGGUCCCCGGCCUGGUGGAUAUCCACAGCCACGCGGGGGUGACCACCGCGGUCGGCGGCCCGGAUGGCGGCUCGCCGCUUCCGGUCGGCGCGUGGCUGGACCGGUUCGAGGCGGAGGGCUCCGCGAUCAACAUGGGGCUCCUGGUCGGGCACGGGGCCGUGCGCCGCGAAGUCGUGGGAAUGGAGGACCGGGCGCCGACCGAAGCCGAACUCGACGCCAUGCGCGACCUGGUGGACGCCGCGAUGCGCGAGGGGGCGUUCGGUCUUUCCACCGGGCUCAAAUUGCUUCCCGGCGCCUUCGCCGAGACCGAGGAGGUCAUCGCCCUCGCCCGGGUGGCCGCGGGCUACGGGGGCGUUCACAUCAGCCACCUGCGCGAGGAGGGGCUGGCGCUGCUCGACGCGGUGCGCGAGACGAUCCGCAUCGGCGAGGAGGGAGGCCUCCCCACCCAACUCACCCAUCACAAGGUGGUCGGCGCCCCGAUGUGGGGUCAGAGCGAGGCGAGCCUCGCCCUCGUGGACGAAGCGGUGGCCCGCGGGGUGGAUGUGACGAUCGACCAAUAUCCCUACACCGCCUCGUCCACUUUUCUCACGAUCCUGUUUCCGGCCUGGAGCCUCGCCGGCGGCGCCGAAGCUCUCGCCGGGCGUCUCGGGGACCACGGGGACCCCGGGGACCGGGAGCGGAUCCGGUUGGCGGUCCGCGAGAACCUCGAAGUGGAUCGCGGCGGCGGCAGCCCCGACAACGUCGUCAUCGCCGAUUGCGAGUGGGAUCCUUCGCUCGAAGGCAAGAGCCUCGGCGACAUCCUUCGCGAACGGGGUCUCGCCGCCACCACCGACGCGGGGGCGACGCUCGCCCUCGAACUCCAGGAAAAAGGCGGGCCGGGGUGGGUGCCGGGCGAAACGCGCGAUGCUCACCUCAGGCACGACCACGAAGCGAACCGCGAAGAUACCCCGGUGUUCGCUGUCCGCGAUCUGUCCAUCCCCAACCUGCCGCCGCUCGCCUUCGAGGUGCCGCCGGCCGGCGUCCUCGCGAUUUCGGGUCCCUCCGGGUCGGGCAAGACCCUCCUGCUCCGGGCCCUCGCCGACCUUGAUCCGCACGGGGGAGAGCUCUCGUGGUCGGGAAAGUCGUGCGAAGCGAUACCGGCGCCCGAGUGGCGCCGGCAGGUGGGACUGCUCCCCGCCGAACCGCGCUUCUGGCACGGCACGGUCGGUGCGCACUUCCCGGCCGAGGCGAACGCGCUGGGGGAGGAGUUCGCCGCCCUCCGGCUUGACCCCAAGAUUCGAAGCGCCGACCCCAUGCUGCUGUCCACCGGCGAACGAUCCCGGCUGGCGCUCCUGCGACUCCUGCUGCGCGCUCCCGAAGUCCUUCUCCUCGACGAGCCCACGGCCAACCUCGAUCAGGACAACCGGAAGCUCGUCAUCGGGAGGAUCGACCGCUACCGGAGAGAGCACGGGGCGCCCGUACUGUGGGUUUCCCAUCUCGCGGAGGUGGUCGCCGCCGCGGACCGGGUGCUGGUUCUUCCGGAAGGGAAGGUGCGCUCGCCCUCCAUCCAGAGGCCGGUCGCCCAGGAGAGCUCUUCGUGA